AUGCAAGAUUCGGAUGAUAUGAGUCUUUCCUCCGGGGAUCAGAAAUUCUCUAAAUCAUCCACGAGUCAGAGCAAGAAAAGAAAGAAACGACGACACAGAACCAUUUUCACAUCCUAUCAGCUGGAGGAGCUCGAGAAAGCUUUUAAUGAGGCUCACUAUCCGGACGUGUACGCCCGCGAGAUGCUCUCCAUGAAGACCGAGCUGCCAGAGGACAGAAUACAGGUGUGGUUCCAGAACCGCAGGGCCAAGUGGAGGAAGAGGGAGAAGUGCUGGGGUCGCAGCAGUGUGAUGGCCGAGUAUGGCCUGUACGGAGCCAUGGUGCGUCACUCCAUCCCGCUGCCCGAGUCCAUCCUCAAGUCGGCCAAGGACGGCAUCACAGAGUCCUACGCCCCGUGGUUACUCGGUAUGCACAAGAAGUCAGUCGAUACUCCGCACACUUCCCCGGGCAAACCCUGCAGCACGUCCCCCCACGCUCCAAUGCAGGAGAACCCGGCGGACAAAGCCAUGGAGGUUGAGGAGGAGAAACGGAGGGAGGACUCAGGCUCCCCGAUCUCUAGAGAGGAACUGAGGGAGAACAGCAUUGCAGCGCUGCGAGCCAAGGCGCAGCAGCACAGCGCCCAGAUGCUCGGCACCGUUUCGAACAGGACGAACGGCCACACGAUGCACAAAGAGGAAGCCGAUGAUGAGGCGACAGAGAAGGAAACGGUAGAGGAGGAGAAGAGAAACUGAAAACAUGGCUGCAGGGCACAGACUGAGAGAGAAACACCUGCAGAGAGGAGUUUUCUUAUGUGAUUGAACGGAUACUGUACAAAGCUGCAGUUUAAUUAUUAUGAUCAUGAAAACACACAGAAAAACUUUGCUCAUUUGAAAAGAGGAUUUGGCUCUGCUCCGCUAAACCACUGUACGAGGAGGUGUCUGCUCCAGUCCACGUGUCCAGGAGCAGGCUGUGAUGACAGAUUUCAAUUAGGGUUAAACGGAAAAUUUAAGGCCUGCACUCUUUGUUUUCUUUUGUCUGUGUCAAUAAUUGUGAUGUAAAUACUGCAAAAAUAACGUCAAAUAGUCAAAACUGUACAAUUAUGUAAAUUUAACAUCAAUUAUCUGCGUUUGUCUUUGUAUAAAUGUAACUGUAGCUCGAUUAAAAGUUACUAUUUAAA